AUGUCGGACGUGGUUAAGGAUUUUAAUACAGAGGAGCUUAUCGAUUAUUUGGGGAGGAAAGACCUGAAGCUCAAGGAGACUCACUUUAAAAUUUUACGCAAGGAAGAAAUUACUGGUCUUGCCUUUCUCAAGUUAACUAAAGAGGACUUUCGCAGUAUUGGCUUCGCUUUAGGUCCAGCAACAGUUCUCGCAGAAAUCAUUGAAGUCAAUGGGGAAGACAUAAUAAACAUCAAGCAGUUUACUCCUGUCUUCGAGGAGAUCAAUGAUGAUGAUAAGGCAUUCGAACACUGUAUGGAAGACAUUAUAUUAAAACUUUCAAAUGUGGAAACCAUGACCGACGCCAACGAGGCGACGCGCUGUGAAUUUAUUUCAUCGAUUCUCCAUGCAUCCAUCGCUAUAGCUAAAAAACUUACCUCCCAAGAUAUAUUUAUAGUUUUACAGAAAGAUAUAUCCGGUGAGGAUGCAACAGGCAGAGUAGACUACGCAAUCAAAGUCUGGAAGACCUCCUCUGUAUUACCAAAGGGAAGCCACGCAAUAUUAAGAUUGGUUAUGCUCAGAAAUUUACAUGUUAUCGUUUCACAAUAA